AAGAUAGCCAUGACUACAUUGCAAAAGUUUCAAUCUGAUGCCAGCAUCAGUAGCACAGGCUCAGACCUUCCUGGCUUUGGCGGAUCACAGGAAGAGACUGACAGAAUUAUAGACCAGAUUAAAGCUGACCAACAGUAUUUUAGAAUGAAUUUUGAACAAUUCAAAGAUGAAAUAAAUAGCGAAGAUACGCCUUUAUUCGAACUUGCAGAUAACUCUACAGUGGAUAAAGACAUUAUUAAGAGAUUGGUGAUCCGUGAAGAGAAUUAUGAAAAAUGGGCAAAUAUUGCCGAAUUCUUACUAGAACGUAAUAGAGGGCUCAUUUCGACACUAGAAAUCUCAGCUAAACAAUUUAAUAGAACCAAUGAAGAAUGCACCAAACUCAGAGAUAACGUAGAGUAUUUGAAUGGGUGAAUCACAAGAAGCGAUAAAAAGAUUGAAGAAAUGGAAGAAUAUAUUAAAGAGUAUGAAGAGAGGAUUGGUGAGCUUGAAUCAGACCUCAAAGAUAAACAAGACAUAAUUGAACAAUUUCAUGAAGCUCCAAAUUUCUCCCGUCUCUUAACUCUUUCUGAGGCUGAAAACCAAAGCCUUGAAGAUAACUCCAGCAAUGGAUCUUUAAAUGCUGAUUGAGAUAGAAACGAUGUGAAGUAUAGUCAAGAGGAAUACAAUGCAACAACUGCUGCUUUUCAAGAGUCUCAGGACUACAAUCAGCAAUUAGUCGACCUUCUCAAGCUCAGUAAGAAGGAAAACAGAGAACUUAAAAAGAGUAUGGACAUGACCAACGAAGAGCUCAACUCUUUCCAAGAAAAAGAAAGAGAAGACAAGGAAAGAAUAGAAGAUCUUGAAAGAGACGUUGAAAUUCUCAAAAAGCAUGUUGUAGUUCUCGAGAAAGAAAAAGCAAACAGUGAUAAAUAAAUACAAAAAUCUUAAGUUUAAGAUACAGGGGUUUAAAAACGAAGUCAAAAAUUAUAGGGACAGCUGAGAAGAUCUGGAGAAAGCAAACCUCAUCUUGGAACAAGACUGAAUAGAGUUUAAGAAGGAAGCUGAUACUUUAAGAACUCAGUUGAAGAAUAUUGAGUAUCUCAAUCGCAACUAUGAAGACAAUAAUCCCAUCUUAGAUAUUUCAAGAUUGUCAUUUAAUUUCUCCCAAAAUCCUAUGAAUGUUUCAAGGUCGAGGAGGAAUAGUAAGAACAGGGCAGAGAAUAAACCUCAGCCUAAGAAUAGACAACCAUCUCAGAAAGAAAGUCAGUUCAAACUUCACAAAAGGUCACAAAGUCAGAACAGUGAAUUACCUUCAAGGUCAAGCACUUUAAAUCUAGACAAUCAAAACUCAAUCCAAGGGAAUUUUGAUAUGGUGGAUCGCAAAAAGUUGAAAAGAAGCAACUCAAGAGAUAAUCUCACCAAAUGGUAUGGAAAAGUAGCAUUUCCGAUUGUCAAAACUGGCAUCAGAACUCAGAAGACUCGUCCAAAUACCUUCCUUAACACUCCUUUAGAGAUUGUAGAAGAUCAGGAAGAAAUUAAUUCCUCUUCUAAAGCCACCAAUUCACUCAGAAGAUCGAACACCAACGAAGGAUCUGAUGGAAAACUCUCAAAGGAGUUUUUCAAGAAUGAUGAUGAACAUGAUAUUGAGAUUCACAUAGAUAACGACUCGUACCUUCCCCCACAAGAGGAGGUGGUCAACCCUCUCUUUACUAACAACAAGGCAGCAUAUGAGAGGCAGGAAUCUGACUUAAGUGCUCUCAACAUAGAUGAGAAUCAAUUUAACCAAGAAGAGGAUAACUGUGAUGAUGUGAUGGAAGUCCGUGAUUCUUUCUACUCAAAACUAAAUCAAAACCCUAAUGUCAAUGUUUCUCAGUUCUCCCAUAAUGACAAGGAUGCCUCGAAGAAUAUCUCAGGCAUCAUGAAUGACAGCGAUCUCUCAUUUAUUAGGAACUCUAAGACAAAGCAACUGUACCUGGAAGGUAUUGAGACCAUCCAUGAAGAUAACGAGAAUUCAAGCAGUGUUAACCAUGAUUCAGUGGACUAUUCUCAAAAUUUCUCUAUGGCAAUGGCUCACAAAGAGCAUAAGAAUGUAGACAAGGAGCAUACUUCGCCUGAAAUUGAUCCUCAAGAACCAGGAGAAGACUUUGUAGAUCCGAAUAUUGAGCAAGAAAGAUUUGGACAUCUUGAAAUUAGAAAAGAUGAUGAAUCUGACCCUCUAGAAGAGCAAAAAUGAUUUGCAUUCAGUUUACUAAAACCAGAUGUCAAGAAAACAGAUCAAACCUUAGACUUUGAUGCAAGAGGUAGCUCAUCCCAUUCAAGACAACCUGGGAAGAACUUUACCAAGAACGAUGUCAGUGCAAUCGUUUGUGAUCCUUUCGAUACCUCAUUCUCAAAUAGGAGUAGUGAGCCUAAUAUCAAUAUUCUUCUUCGUCAAAACUUUAGUGCAAAGGAAAAAGAUAAAAAACAGCCUUUAUUCGACUUACUGCAGGCAACAAGCACAGGGAAUAAAGAUUCACUAAUGAAAUCUUCUCAUCGUCAAACCUUAAAGAAGCCUACCAAGAGUAGUUUGCUAAGCCAUUCAGAACAGAUGUUCAACAAGGCUGCGAAUGGUUACUACACUCAGGACUCUAGAAUAAUUGCUCCAAAGAAGAGAAAGAUUUCUAAAAAGACACCUUCUCUCCAGGCUAACAAUUUCCUAAGAUCAGAUAGCUCAUUGUCAGAUGUAAGCCCAGUCAGAAAAGUUAAGAGAGCUCAACUCCUUAGAGGUGAAAGAUUUAUAGAUGAUAUGUGCCAAAAAGCAUGAUUAUACUGUAGGGAAAGGAAAGAGCCAAUUGAAGAGUUCUUUGAUAUGCUAGUAAUCUCGAUAAAACUUGCUCAUCGGGAUAAAGAUCUGAUCCUAGACUGUCCAAUGAAAGAUAUCUAUUCUGCUGCUCUACAAAAAGACCUUGUGUUUUACGAGUUUCAUAGUUUCAUUAAGAAUUUCUUAGAUGAUCUCGCAACUAAGAUUAAAUUUAAACCAAAGCCACAACCUUCUCUUAGAAAGAAGAGAAAGAUGAAAGUAAUGCUCAAGCAUCAGGAAAACAUCUCAAUGCAGCCUCGAGUGAAGAUCCUCAGCUCUCCAGGGGAGUUUGAUAUGAUCGAAGGCUUCUUCCUGAAUCAAUAAUAUUCUGUAUUAUACGAAUCUAGCUAAAAGUUUCUUA